UAAGCGCAAACUCGUAGAACUAUUUCCGGUUUUCGCCGGAAGUAGUUCACGGAACCUCUGUACAAGAUGCCGUUGACAGGGUUUUUCCAGGCUUCUGCGCUGGAGCCUAUGCAGGUGGAUGUUGUUGAAGAGAAUCAAAAUGUUGAAGAAGAACAACAUUAUGUUGUUGAAAAUGCAACUAUUGAUUUGGAUCACUACUCAUCACAAUACACUGGGUUAGCUAGACUGAAUCGCCUACUCUUUAUUGCUGAGCAUUGCAACUCAUUGAAAGUAGAAGCAUUAAGGAUGGCUUUAAACUAUACUAUGAAGACAACUUUCAAUACUAGUCUAUAUCAAAUUAUUCAUCAUAAACUUGUAAUGGCUACAUCAAAUAAUAGAGCAGGGGGACCCAAUAGCAGCUCAAAUAAUCUUCCUGACAUUGCUCCAGUGAGUUCAGUGGAUACACAAUGGGUAGAAGUCACAUCCAAGAAAGCUGCACUUAAACUUGAAAAGCUGGACACAGAUUUAAAAAAUUAUAAGAGUAACAGUAUAAAGGAGAGCAUUAGGAGGGGACAUGAUGAUCUUGGUGAUCAUUAUUUGGACUGUGGUGACCUAAGUAAUGCACUUAAAUGCUAUUCUCGUGCUAGAGACUACUGCACAAGCCCCAAGCAUGUGGUUAAUAUGUGCCUGAAUGUUAUCAAGGUGAGUGUUUACCUUCAAAACUGGUCACAUGUUCAGAGCUAUGUCAACAAAGCUGAAGCUACACCUGAUUCAUCUGAUAAUAAUAAAGAAACAAACCAAAGCAUUGCAAGUCGUCUUAAGUGUGCUGCAGGAUUAGCUGAUUUAGCCACUAGAAAAUAUAAAUCUGCUGCAAAAUAUUUCCUUCAAGUCAAUUUUGACUAUUGUGAUUUCCCAGAGCUUCUAUCCCCAUCCAAUGUAGCAACAUAUGGUGCCCUUUGUGCUCUAGCAACAUUUGAUCGCAAAGAACUCCAAGUAAAUGUGAUAUCUAGCAGCUCAUUCAAACAGUUUUUGGAAUUGGAGCCUCAACUAAGAGAUAUUAUGAGCAAAUUUUAUGAAUCUAAAUAUGCAUCAUGUUUAACACUUUUAGCAGAAAUAAAGGACAAUUUACUGUUAGACAUGUAUGUAGCUCCUCAUGUACACACUCUAUACACACAGAUUAGAAACAGAGCAUUGUGUCAGUACUUUAGCCCAUAUUUAUCUGCUGACAUGAGAAAAAUGGCUGAAGCUUUUAAUACAACAGUAGGUGCUUUGGAAGAUGAACUUAUGCAGCUUAUACUUGAUGGGCAAAUCAAAGCCAGAAUAGAUUCUCACAAUAAGAUCUUAUAUGCCAAAGACGCUGAUCAGAGAAGUACAACAUUUGAAAAAGCCAUAUUGAUGGGUAAAGAGUACCAAAGAAGAACAAAGGCUCUUAUACUUAGAUCUGCAGUUAUCAAGUGCCAGAUUCAUGUUAAGGUAAAUUAAUAUUUCUAGCCCUCCAAGGGAAGGACUUCAGGGUGGUGAAAUGUCCAUAGCCCCUGCCAGCGCUAGCUCUCUUGUGAGGAACUGAUUAGAAUAAGCCUGUAGAUAACUGAAUGGAGUGCACCUGGAUGCUAGAUGGUUCUGCUUGAUGAAUGGUUUAUGUUCUGUUGUGUAAGAGUUGCUGGGUGUUUGGUAUUGAAGUAUUCCUGUACAUUUUUUUUCCUUGUAUGCCUUCUUUAACAUAGAGCAAGUGAGAUUGAAUGAUAAUUGGUUUGAUAUUGUAGGUAAUGUCUUUAGUUAAUUCAAUAUUUAAAAUAAAUAAUUUAAGUGAAUAUAUCCAUUUAAAAAUGAACAAUUGACUAUUACUGCCAUGAGAAAGUAUGUAGGCGCCCAUUUAUCAACAUGGAUAGAUUUUUAAAAUGCUAUUAGUAAUUAUUUGAGCGUUUAUAAUAGAGUGUUGGACAAUAAUUCAUUUACUCUAAAAAGCGCAUGCAUCCUGUAAUACCUGUAAUUGUCCUUGAAACAGACAUAAUGUUUUAGAAAGUGUAUACUGACAGUUUAGAGACUUCUUAAUGUAAAAGAUUAUAAUAAUUCAAGCAAAUGUUAACAAAUUUUGCAUUUAUCUAGUUCACAGUGCAUGGUUAAAUCAUACCUGUUCUGUUAUUCUAGACCUCAAUGACCAGUUCUAUGUGUGUGUCAUAUGAUAGUUUACUUAGCUCUUUAAAAAAUCCAUCAUGGUUGGUAUAUCAUUUGUUUUUGAUGAAAUUAUAUGAAUUACUUGUUCUCUAUCAGCAACCAAACAAUGUCAUUUAUUUUAUCUAUAUGAUAGAAAGAGGUUUAUGCUGUAAUUCAUGCUGGAUAUUUUAACUAGAUGUUUUAUUCCUAACUAAACAGUGUAUAACAAUGAUUGACUAUUUGUUUCUAAUUGCAGUUAAGGUAACCCUCCACAACAGUUUGGCUACUUUGAAAUGUUAGCUAUUUUGAGUUCUAACCUAAAACUUAUAGGGCAUUUAUUUUUUUGAGUUUUUAAUUAUUUACAUUUUUUUUUUUCACAUCCCACACAGUUGUGGUGGAAGGUUAAAAAAUAAUGAGCUAACAAAUAAAUGCUUAGUAUAAUGCUUACUAAUCAUAUUUUUGAUUGAGCUAACAUAAAACUAUCAUUAUUCUGGGUCUAUUAAUUUUAAGCAUUGAAUUAAGUUUUACCAAUGAUCUAAGACUGACUUGAAAAAACAGAAUUAGAUUAUAGGUACUUUUACAAAACAGUUAAUUGAAUGAAAGAAUUUGAUGCCAUUGUGAUUGAUGAAAGUUGUAAGUGUAAGAACUAGAUGUUAGUAGACUAAUACGUAGUUGAUGUUGCAAGUGGAAGAUUAAGUCAUCCUGGCAAGUUUAAGGGAACUUUAUAACCAACGCACAGCUUGCUCAUUUCAUUUAUUUUGCAUCACCUAUGGAAACAAAGAAUAUCUUUGUAAUAGCUUAUGUCCACAGACAAAUGUUUUUUUCCUGUCAAACAUUAGGCAUCAUGAGUUGAUUUAUUUAGAAUGACAAUGGUUUUCUGAACAGAAUGUUUUCUUUUUAAAUGUGUGGGCCAUAAAAUACUGAACAUUUAAUUUCUAACUAGCUUUUUUUCUCCCAGCAUAUUGUUAUAAUGUUCUAGCUACUUAAUAUCUUGAAAUUAUAGUUGACUUCUAAUUUGGUUUUAAACUUGACUUUACAUUACUUUUGGUACGUUUCUAAAUAGUUUUUUUUUUUACAAUUUGAAUUGUAAAUGUCUAGACUAUAACAAUUAACAAAAGCCAUUGUUUGGCUCAGCUUCCAGAGCUGUUGUAGCUUGUAGGACAAUGUCCUAUGUUGCUGUACACUUGACUGUAGUCUGUGUGUUGAGGUGCUGGUAGUCUUGUUAUUGCAUGUAGGACAAUGUCCUAUUACACUUGACGUCUGUAUGUUGAGGUGUAGGUUGUCUUGUUGUAGCAUGUAGGACAAUGUCCUAUGUUGCUGUAGUCUGUGUGUUGUUGAGCUGGUUGUCUUGUUGUAGCAUGUAGGACAAUGUCCUAUGUUGCUGUAGUCUGUGUGUUGUUGAGCUGGUUGUCUUGUUGUAGCAUGUAGGACAAUGUCCUAUGUUGCUGUAGUCUGUGUGUUGAGGUGCUGGUAGUCUUGUUAUUGCAUGUAGGACAAUGUCCUAUUACACUUGACGUCUGUAUGUUGGGGUGUAGGUUGUCUUGUUGUAGCAUGUAGGACAAUGUCCUAUGUUGCUGUACACUUGACUGACGUCUGUGUUGAGGUGCAGGUUGUCGCAGAUUGUUCUUAAUUAUUUCUUGUUGUUGAUGAAUUCAAAGCAUGAUCUUGUUGCUGGAGUGAAUACUUGCUGCCCAGUUUUGUUACAUGUGUGUAUAUAAUUUAUUGAACAUUUCAAAUAAACAAAUGAGCAACCUUUU